CAGGGCCGUCCCAAGCAUGGAGAGGGGUGUAAUCGCCGUCUAAAGGGAGGGGCCUGGUGCGGUCCACCACCAGUUUCAUCGUCCAAACGACGAUCCUGUUUCAAGACCACCAAGCGUUUAUACAGACUCCAAAACGGUGAUAUUCUUUGACAAAAGGAACGUGCCAUUUUCUUUACCAUCAUGAUCCUGCACUUUAUAUAUCAAUGCUUUGAUUUUAAAUGCUGGAUCAUUUUAAGUUUUGUUUUACUGCUUCUUGUAGAUAUUAUCAAAUAUAGGAAUCCAUCCAGGUUCCCUCCAGGACCCUGGCCUCUACCAUUUCUGGGAAAUGUCUUCACCGAGAUAGAUUUUAAGAACAUGGAUAAGUUGGCUGAAGUCUACGGGAAAGUGUUCAGCCUAAGAGUGGGCAGUGAUAAAUUGAUAAUCGUGUCUGGAUAUAAAAUGGUAAAAGAGGCCCUCAUUACACAGAUUGACAGUUUCGUUGACCGUCCAAAUGUCCCACUGUUUCAUAAAGUUUUUAAGGGAAUUGGUACGAUACUGAGUAAUGGAUACCUGUGGCGGAUGCAUAGGAAGUUUGCUGUCUCCCAUUUGCGGGCCUUUGGAGAGGGGAAGAAAAGUCUUGAGCUUAGGAUCCAACAAGAGUGUGUCUACCUUUGUGAUGCUUUUAGGGCAGAAAAGGAACCUUUCAACCCCUUGGUUACCUUAAACAGUGCUGUUUCAAAUAUCAUCUCCUGCUUGAUAUUUGGACAACGCUUUGACUAUCAUGAUGAAUGUUACCAAAGAAUUCUGCGUCUUGACACUGAAUGUGUUCAGUUAGCAGGUUCUCCGAGAGCACAGCUGUAUAAUGUGUGUCCUCGGCUCUUGGAAUAUUUACCUGGCCCCCACCAGACCAUUUUUUCCAACUAUAAGAAGAUCACCGACUUCCUGAGAGGAGAAAUCAUUAAACAUAGAGAGGACUGGGACCCUUUAAACCCACGUGACUUUAUAGACAACUACCUGACUGAGAUGGAAAAGAAAAAGAGUGACCCUGAGGCUGGUUUUAACAUAGAAGGGUUAGUGGUGACUUGUCUAGACCUGAUUGAGGCCGGGACAGAGAGCGCAACUACAACAUUGCGCUGGGGUCUGCUUUUUAUGAUCAAGUUCCCAGAAAUACAGACAAAUGUCCAGGCAGAGAUAGACAAGGUGAUUGGACAGUCACGUCAACCCUGCUUGGCUGACAGAGUUAAUAUGCCCUACACUGAUGCUGUUAUCCAUGAGAUUCAAAGAUUUGGGAAUGUUGUUCCACUGGGAUUCCCUAAACAAGCUGUUAAAGACACAAUAUUAGGGGGAUACUUCAUUCCUAAGGGCACCUCUGUGACAACAAACCUGUCUUCAGUCCUGCAUGAUCCAAACGAAUGGGAAACCCCAGACACCUUUAACCCAGGACACUUCCUGGAUGAAAAUGGCCAGUUUCGGAAGAGAGAUGCCUUCUUGCCAUUUUCAGCAGGUAAGAGAGCAUGUUUGGGAGAGCCGCUGGCUCGUCAGGAGCUCUUCCUGUUCUUCACCUCUCUGCUGCAGCAAUUCACCAUCUCCAAAUGUCCAGGAGAGGAACCCAGUUUGGAGGGCGAGAUAUGGUUUACAUAUGCUCCUGCUCCCUUCCGCAUGUGUGUGUCCUCACGUUAGAGUGUGUAUAUGUUUCUUGCACCGAUGAAUAGAAAGCCAUGUAUCAAAUAAUACCUUAUUUUUAUAUUUGCAUUAUGACUUAAGGACAGGUUCGGUUUUAAGUGUUUUUUCACCCUGAUUAUUUUCCAAGCACAACCUACAUAUGCUAUAAUUUUAACAAGAAACAACAACAAAUUAAAAGUCAAGAAAAUCUGACACAAAGCAUGUUUACAAGUAUCUGUUAUGGUAGAAUAUCUACUCAGUUGCAUGAUAAUUAUAUGAAUUCUAUACAUACUCAAGAAAAUUACUUUGUUCAGAGUAGAAUUUUAACAUGAGCAUAUAUUGAAUAAAAAACUUUUUUUUUUUUUUAAAUGUAGGCACACCUGUAUCUACCAACAUGUAAGUUACUGUUUGUUACCAAGAACAGUUACCAAGAUACUGGUAUCUUUGUUACCAAUGCUGUAUCUUCACAAUGUUUUAAUGCUUAUAGCUAUUUGUUCUGAUGUGUAAAUGUAUGUAAUAGAUCAACAUAUCUAAUGUAUUAAUAAAAAAUAGUAUAGCCUACUGUGUAAAUUA